GCCACUGCCUAGGCAACGGCGUGAACGCGCAUGUCAGCCUGGCUCGCUGCAGAGCCUCAGCUGCCUCUGUUGCCUCGGCUUUGACGAUUAAUCGUGGGGAUGGUGCUGACAGCGAAAGGCGACGGAUGGCCACUUUUACGCGAGUAAAUGUCAGUCACGUAAAAUUACAUUUUACGGCUGGAAAACAAAUUCGCUCUCCAACCACGACGUCUGUGGAGCAAGACGACGUUACGAGGCCGUGGACGACUCGAACGCUUACUGAUGGAAUCCCCAGUUGCUGCUAGAUGGAGAAACCGACAGGGUGGACUCGCUCUAAAUAAUUAAAAAAAACGGCAUCUACUGCUGCGUAAAAAUACAUAAUACAAUUUGGGGGCAAAAAAACAUGCAUCUGCAUCAGGUGCUGACGGGAGCAGUGAACCCCGGGGAUUGCUGCUACUCGGUGGGGAGCGUGAAUGACGUUCCGUUCACGGCUUAUGGCUCAGGUUGUGAUGUGGUGAUCUUGGCUAGUGACUUCGAGUGUGUGCAGAUAAUACCAGGAGCACAGAAUGGGAACAUUCAGGUGGGCUGUGUGGAGUGCUCCCAUCAGCUCGGCAGGAUUGCUGCCUCCUAUGGAAACACAGUCUGCAUCUUUGAACCUCUCUCUACCAACCCAAACAAACGGCACAAGCAUCUUAACUAUCAGUGGCAAAAGACAGGGCAGUUCUUCCUUGACGCCAUCACCUACAACCUGGCCUGGGACCCACAGGGGAACCGUAUCCUAGCAGCAACCGAGCGGCUCCAGCUGUGGGCCCCACCCCUGGCAGACGCCCUAAUCGAAGAGGAGGAUGGCCAGGCGUCUGAGGAAAAGCUCCAUCCCGUUCUUAAUGACUGGAACUGCGUCUGGCAGUGCAAGACUGCUGCAUCUGUGCACGUUGCCAAGUGGUCCCCUGAUGGAGAGUACUUUGCAACAGUUGGGAAGGAUGACUGUUUACUCAAAGUGUGGUAUCCCACCACGGGCUGGCGUUCCGCAGUGGUCGUUCAGGACUCCGCGGAUAAGAAACCACCCGCCGUUCACUUCUCUUUUGUUUACCUGGCCCAUCCUCGCUCGGUCACCGGUAUGUCCUGGAGGAAGACUAGCAAGUACAUGCCAAAGGGUUCGGUGUGCAAUGUUUUGCUGACAUCUUGCGAGGAUGGCGUGUGUAGGCUGUGGUCCGAGACCCUGCUUCCAGAAGACAGCUUGCUUGGGGGGCAAAUAUCUGAGAACACGCACUCGUUUAGCUCUAGCUUGCCAGGUUUGGCAGGCAACAAGGACAAGAUUCAACAUGCCUUGGAGUCUAUUCACCACCUGAAGCAUCUGCGUCGGGGAAGGCGACGAUCAUCUGCUUUGGUAGCUCACAGUGAGCUGCUCCCCUCUCAGCUUGGCACGCAGGAUGCACACACUCAUCGCCACAUUGCUCAUUAUGCCAACGCAUUGUGUCACUUCCACAUUUCAGCCAGUAUUAAUCCCAACACAGACAUCCCAUCAAUGCUGGCAGACUCUACGCUCUUCAACACAGAUGAUGGCACCGGGGCAGGAGGAUUUGUGGUUCAUUGGCUCAAUAAUAAAGAUCUAAGCUUCACCUGCUCGAUGGAUCUUUUUAUGCUACAGCUCCGCAAGUACUCUGAACAGCAGCUAGAUCAUGCAACAGAAGACCCCCUGGACCCCGAAGGAUCCCCUUUGAAGUUUGACUUUGACCUGGAUGAGAUGUCUGACAAAGGCUCAUCUGAACUUGGAGAGGAAGCAGAGACAGGGGAGCAGGGAAGCACAAAGGCAUCCUCACCAGGAUCCAGCUCCAGCUUGCCUUUGCCCUCAAUGCUGCUGGAAAGGAGGAUGGAGAUUCUAAUCACAGAGUGGAAUAAGAGUCCCGACAUGUUGUUCACCAUCCACCCAACUGAUGGCUCUUUCCUUGUUUGGCAUGUCAAGUACUUGGAUGAAUUUAACCAAGGGAUCUUCCGACAGGUUCAGGUGUCCUUUUCCUCCCGUAUCCCAGUGGCAUUUCCCACAGGCGAUGCCAACUCUCUGAGUAAAAACAUCUUGAUGUAUGCCUGUACUUUGACCGAGAGGGAGAGUUUCAGGGCAGGCGAUCAAGGAAGGAUGGUUCAACACGUCGCUCACUCUGCCUCAGCCUCGGCCGGCCUUGGCUUGCCUGCAUUAGCCUCUUCUUAUUUUCCUAAUCCCGGCACUAGUCCUGCAGUUAUGAUGGUCUCCAAGCAUGUUGACGGAUCUCUUAACCAGUGGGCCGUGACAUUCGCUGAGCACUCCGCAUUCUCCAAUGUGAUGACCGUAUCCCACAAAUUUCGCUAUUGCGGCCACCGUUUCCAUUUGAAUGACCAAGCCUGUCAUACAGUGCUGCCACUGCUGCUCACAUCCUCACACCAUAAUGCACUGCUUACACCUCCCUCGGCUCCUGGAAGCAUGGAUGGGGAACAACCUCCCACUUUUCCCCUUCCAAAGGGACUUCCAAGGAAACAGCUUCGCAAUGCAGCAACAAGGACCUUCCAUGACCCCAAUGCCAUCUACAGUGAACUCAUCUUGUGGCGAGUGGAUCACAUUGGACCACUCUCAUGCACCGGAGGGGUCUCCGAACUGGCUCGGAUCAACUCGCUGCACACCUCUGCUUUCAGCAAUGUUGCUUGGCUGCCUUCACUUGUCCCCAGCUCUGUACUUGGAACAUACUGUAAUAGUGCCAGUGCCUGCUUCGUGGCAUCAGAUGGUAAGAACCUUCGUCUGUAUCAAGCUGUGGUCGAUGCCAGAAAGCUACUAGAUGAACUCUCAGAUCCGGAAACAUCUAAACUAGUUGGUGAGGUCUUCAACAUUGUCAGUCAGCAGUCUACCGCCAGACCUGGCUGUAUCAUAGAGCUGGAUGUCAUUACAAACCAGUGUGGUUCCACCACGCAGCUGCUCCAUGUCUUCCAAGAGGACUUCAUUCUAGGUUACAAACCUCAAAAAGAACCAGGCACACACACAACUGCUUUUCCAUCUGGCGAAGAUUACCACCCUCCACCAUUUUCGGAGAAGUUUUUCCUGGUGGUGAUAGAAAAGGAUCUCAACAGGAACUCAGUGCUACAAAUGUGGCACUUGCACCUCCAGUCUGUUCAAGCCUGUGUUGAUGAUCUGAACGAAGAUUCUAGCUUCCAGAGCCAGCUCAUGGUUCCCAAUCAAGUCAUGAAUCCCGACUCAUCUCCAGAGACCUCCCCUAUCAGGCCUCUUCCACGCUCAGCCUCCACAGUCAACUUGCAGUCAGCCAGCAAACUCAUCCUUAGUUCCAAACUGGUGUACAGCAAGCGACUAGACCUGCCCCAUGGGGUAGAGGUUACCAGAGCCACACCGUCUGCUGGUCAUCUCAGUUCCUCCUCCAUCUACCCCGUGUGCUUGGCUCCUUAUCUGAUUGUGACUACCUGCUCUGACUCUCGGGUGCGGUUCUGGCGUUGUGCCGUCGAGGGUGAUCAUGGAGAUAGUGACAAUGAGCAGGACAAGAGGAUGUACCGCUGGGAGCCGUGGGCUCUAAUGAACGAAGAGGAAGACAACAACAGCGCUGUGUUUGUGUCAGGGCGGCCUGUUGCCGUGUCAUGCUCCUACAUUGGUAGGCUGGCUGUGGCUUUUAAACAGCCACGUCAAGGACAGAUUUCUGGGAAAGAUUUCUCCAUGCAUGUGUCUAUCUAUGAGUGUGAAUCAACUGGUGGUUCAGAGUGGGUUUUGGAGCAAACUCUCCACUUGGAAGAAUUCAACAAACCCUCGUCAACCUUGGACCCGAGAGUCAGCGUGGACUCUAACCUCUUUGUUUACAGCAGGUCGGACCUGUACAUGAGCCGAGACCACAACUCACCCAACAUCAAGCAUUACGUCCAUUUGGAUUGGUUGUCAAAAGAAGAUGGCUCUCACAUCCUUACAGUGGGGGUUGGAUCCAACAUUCUUAUGUACGGUCGAAUCUCAGGCAUGGUCAAUGAGCAGACAAGCAGCAAAGAAGGUGUGGCUGUCAUCACCCUUCCCCUAGGGGGCAGUAUCAAACAGGGGAUCCGCUCUCGUUGGAUCCUGCUAAGGGCAGUGGACCUGCUGUCCUCUGUGGAUGGUACUCCAUCUCUGCCAGUCUCGCUCUCUUGGGUGAGGGAUGGCAUCUUGGUGGUGGGCAUGGAUUGCGAGAUGCAUGUGUAUGCCCAGUGGCAUCAGGACAAGAAGCCUGGUGAGGGAGAGGAGGGCAACCUGUCAUCUGCAGACAUUGCUGGAGGUCAAACCGCAACUUCUUCCGCAGUCUUGGAAGGGAGAACCAGGUCCAAGAGUGUUUUUGAAGGAAGCACCGCAGUGGAUGAGGCCCUACGUGCCCCAGCUGGACUUGAAGAGGGUGGACUUUUUGAGGCAGCACACUCCCUGUCCCCAACUCUACCCCAAUAUCAUCCCACCCAGUUGCUUGAGCUCAUGGAUUUGGGAAAGGUUCGCCGCGCCAAGGCCAUUCUUGCUCAUUUGGUGAAGUGUAUUGCUGGGGAGGUCGCUGUAGUAAGAGAUGUAGAGGCAGGUGAGGGUGGAGCCAGAAGACAUCUGUCCAGAACCAUCAGUGUGACCGGCAGCACCGCAAAAGACACCAUCGUAGCCGGUCGUGACGGAGGAAGGGAUUAUACCGAAAUCAACUCCAUCCCCCCACUGCCUCUCUACGCGCUCAUGUUGGCUGACGAAGACACUUCCUUCAAGGGGGCAGAAGAAACUGUCAAAGGACCCAAAGUGGCCAACGGUGAAGCAGGGCACAUUUCGGCUGAAGACCAGUAUGCUGACCUCUUCCAGGUGCCAACAGUCACCACAGACGACUUUGUGAACUUUGCCACUGACAAACCUGAGAAGAAAUCUCGUGUUAUCAACCUCUCACAAUACGGUCCUGCCUACUUUGGACCAGAACAUGCACAGGUGUUGUCCAGUCACCUUAUGCAUUCCAGCCUCCCUGGACUAACCCGACUCGAGCAAAUGUUCUUGGUGGCCCUUGCUGACACGGUAGCAACCACUAGUGCUGAGGUCACCAGCUCCACUGACAAACAAUACACAGGAGGCGAGGCUCUGGACGAGUGUGGGCUGAGGUACCUGCUGGCCAUGCGUCUUCAUACUUGCCUGCUCACCUCUCUGCCCCCACUUUACCGCAUGCAGCUUCUUCACCAAGGUCUGUCAACAUGCCAUUUCGCCUGGGCCUUUCACUCUGAGGCAGAGGAGGAGCUACUGAAUAUGAUUCCGGCCAUGCAGAGAGGUGACCCCCAGUGGUCUGAACUCCGAGCUGUUGGUGUUGGUUGGUGGAUACGCAACAUCAACACCUUGCGGAAAAUGGUGGAGAAGUUGGGCAAAGCUGCAUUCCAGAGGCACAAUGACCCCUUAGACGCUGCUCUCUUCUACCUGGCCAUGAAGAAAAAGGCUGUCCUGUGGGGGCUCUUCAGAUCCCAACAUGAUGAGAAGAUGACUCAGUUCUUCAAGAAUAAUUUCAGUGAAGACCGGUGGAGGAAGGCAGCUCUAAAAAAUGCUUUUUCCCUGCUUGGAAAGCAACGCUUUGAACAGUCGGCUGCUUUCUUCUUGCUGGCUGGAUCACUCAAAGAUGCAAUAGAGGUGUUGCUGGAGAAGAUGGAGGACCUCCAGUUAGCCAUGAUAGUUGCUCGGCUGUAUGAAGCAGACUUUGAGAAUUCAUCUACGUGCCAAGGCCUCCUUUAUGAGAAGGUUCUUGGAUGUGACAGGGACGGAAGUCAUUACCACUGUUCUAGACUUCACCCUGACCCGUUCCUGCGCAGCAUAGCGUACUGGAUAAUGAAGGAUUACACCCAAGCCCUGGACACACUCUUAGAGCGCACCCCCAAAGAUGAUGAUGAUAAUCCUGAUGUGAUGGUCAAAUCUUGCAACCCUGUAGUGUUCAGUUUCUACAACUAUCUAAGAACCCACCCACUCAUCAUCCGGCGGCACUUUGCAAGUUCAGAGGGUACAGCAACCACAGUGGGGCUCACUGCAGAAAAAAAUAGUGCGGAUGAGAUCAACCUCAUAGAGCGCAAAUUAUUCUUCACCACAGCAAAUGCACAUUUCAAGGUGGGCUGCCCAGUUCUGGCCCUGGAGGUUCUCUCCAAAAUUCCCAAAGUUACCAAGAAAUCAGGCUCCUCUCCCCUGAGCAAGGCUUCAUCCAAGGCCAACGUAAACUCAAGCCUGCUAUUAGAACGGACCACAGGUAUAGACUGGGCUUCCCCUGCUCCCCCGGCUUGGGGAGGAGAUGACAAUGCAGGUGGGAUGGACUGGAGCCAACCCAUUGGCAAGUCGGAAGACGAUGAGCUAAAGCUCGACUGGGGGGAUGACAAGGACAAUGAUGAAGACGACGAUGAGGAUUGUCUGACGAUGAAGAAACUUGAAACUGAAACGAAAGCAGAGGGAACUUUUGAAACUAAGCUACAGAGAGAUGACUCACAGGGUGAGUCUGAGGUGGAUGUGAUAGCAGAGCAGCUGAAGUUCCGUGCCUGCCUAAAAAUCCUAAUGACAGAGUUGCGCACACUAGCCACCGGCUUCGAGGUGGAUGGAGGCAAACUUCGUUUUCAGCUCUACAGUUGGCUGGAAAAGGAGAUUGCAGCCAUUCAUAACAUCUGCAACUACAAGGUGGAAGGCAAGGAGCAAGAGUCAGAAGCAGAGCACUGGGUGGAACGAGCAGCAUCAGUGGAUAUAUCAGAUGACAUGUUUGAGAGACUCGACGCCUGUGCCUAUGAGCGUCACCAAAUGGAGCGACGACGCCUUCAAGCUAAGCAGCAGCAUUCGGAAAGGCGCAAGGCUUGGCUGAGGAAGAACCAGGCCCUCCUCCGGGUUUUCCUCUCUUACUGCAGUCUCCAUGGAGCCAAGGGCGGAGGAGUCACUUCUGUACGCAUGGAGCUCCUGUUCCUUCUGCAGGAAAGCCAACAGGAGAUCACAGUGAAGCAGCUCCAGUCUCCCCUCCCUCUUCCAACCACCUUGCCUCUGCUCUCGGCCUGCAUUGCCACCACCAAAACGGUCAUAGCCAACCCCGUGCUUCAUCUCAGCAACCACAUUCAUGAUAUCUUGCACACAGUCACCCUCAUGGAGGCUCCGCCGCAUCCAGAUGUCAUGGAUGACCGGGUAAAUGCUCUACACACACUGGCAGCAUCUCUCUCUGCUUGCAUCUAUCAGGCACUGUGUGACAGCCAUAGUUACAGCAGCCAGACAGAGGCCAAUCAGUUUACUGGAAUGGUGUACCAGGGGUUGUUGCUCAGUGAGAGGAAACGACUUCGUACAGAAAGCAUAGAGGAACAUAUCACUCCAAACUCUGCUCCUGCGCAGUGGCCAGGUGUGUCGUCCCUGAUUUCUCUGUUGACGUCUGCCAGGGAGGAGGACCAGCCGAGACUCAACGUGCUACUGUGUGAAGCAGUCAUGGCUGUUUAUCUAGCCUUGCUCAUCCACGGCUUGGGCACCCACAACAGCAAUGAACUCUUCCGCCUUGCCGCACAUCCUCUCAACAACCGCAUGUGGGCCGCAGUCUUUGGAGGAGGAGCCAAAGUCAUAAUAAAGCCAAAGAGGCCCGAGGCCCCUCCAGUGCCAGCUGAUUUUGAGGCAGCCAGGCCAGAGGAGUCUCAGGAGUCACGAAGACCUGAGCAGGGCAACCUCACCCAAACCCCCAAACCCAUUCCCUAUGAAACCCAGUGUCCCAAACAGUACCCCCCUCUCGUUUCAAGGGGAGGUGGGCCAGGCACUGUGGCACCAGCAACUAAGACCAGCUUGGUGCCCACUCAGCCCCCAGCUGAGGAUGGGGACCGAUACAGGCGCAGAUUUAAUAUGAGGAUGCUGGUACCUGGUCGCCCUGUGAAGGAAACGCCGGCCGCCCCACCUCCGCUGCCCGCAGAGAGACCCACGUACAGGGAGAAAUUUAUUCCCCCAGAGCUGAGCAUGUGGGACUAUUUUGUGGCCAAACCCUUCCUGCCAUUGUCAGAGAGCAAUGCUUUGUGCGACUCUGACGAAAGUGGAGCAGAGGAUGAUGAAGAUGAUGAUGAUGACGCUUUCCUUUCUGACACACAGAUGACUGAGCACUCUGACCCCAACUCCUACAGCUGGGCUCUGAUCCGGUUGGUUAUGGUGAAACUGUUUCAUCACUCUAUUAAGAACUUCCUCCCUAUCACUGGGCUUGACUUUGCAGACUUGCCAGUCACUUCGCCUUUCACAAAUGCUGUGUUGAAGACCCUCGAAAACUGGGAACACAUUUUAUUGGAGACCAUGAAUAAAUUUGACGGUCCACCUCCCAACUACAUUAACACUUACCCUACUGACCUCAGUGCUGGAGGCGGUCCUGCCAUAUUGCGACACAAGGCCAUGCUGGAGCCAGACAACACUCCUUUUAAAACAAAAAACCAUCAGUCCUUUCCAGCUCGACGCCUGUGGCAUUUUCUUGUCAAACAAGAAGUUCUUCAGGAGACCUUAAUUCGUUACAUCUUUACCAAGAAAAGGAAGCAGUGUGAGUCUGUAGACAACCAUACGGACCAUGUAAGGCCAAACUGCGUAGCUGGAGGUAUCGGUCCCAACAAGGUGGAAGCAGAUCUGGGCUACCCGGGAGGCAAAGCAAAAAUCAUUCACAAGGAGUCGGACAUAAUCAUGGCAUUUGCAAUCAACAAGGCUAACUCAAAUGAAAUAGUGCUGGCCUCCACCCAUGAUGUCCAGGAAGUCGAUGUGUCAACGCUGGUGGCUGUGCAACCCUACACCUGGAUCGGAGAGGACUUUGAUAAGGAGUCGCGCAGCUCUGACGACGUGGACUACAAAUCAUCUCACACCAACAUUGCCCAAGCCAGCUCUGGUCCCUUUGCGCCACCGCAGAUCACCGUUUCCGCAUCCAUGCCAUGGCUGGGCAGUGGGCAGACCAGCAUGGGGGCCAGCGUGAUCAUGAAGAGAAAUCUUAAUAACGUCAAGAGAAUGACCUCCCACCCCAUAUAUCAGUAUUACAUGACCGGAGCUCAGGAUGGCAGUGUGAGAAUGUUUGAAUGGAAUAGACCUCAGCAGCUCAUCUGCUUCAGACAAGCGGGCAACGCUCGUGUCACUCGACUCUAUUUCAACUCCCAGGGCAACAAGUGCGGAGUCGCUGACGGAGAGGGAUUUCUCAGCCUGUGGCAAGUCAACCAAACCUCAUCCAACCCCAAACCCUACCUGAGUUGGCAAUGUCACACAAAGACCUGCGGAGAUUUUGCUUUCAUCACAUCCUCGAGCCUCAUCGCCACUGCUGGACAGUCGAACGAUAACAGAAAUGUGUGUCUGUGGGACACACUGAUUUCACCCAGCAAUACCAUGGUCCACGCCUUCCCAUGUCACGAGAAUGGAGCCACUGUACUGCAAUAUGCGCCCAAACAACAGCUACUGAUCACUGGGGGCAGAAAGGGCUUUGUGUGCGUCUUUGAUAUCCGCCAGAGACAACUGCUCCAUACUUUCCAAGCCCACGACUCAGCCAUCAAGGCGCUGGCUUUGGACGCCUUCGAGGACUUCUUUGUCACUGGCUCUGCAGAGGGCAACAUGAAGGUGUGGAAGCUGGCUGGCCACGGGCUGAUGCACUCCUUCGGCAGUGAGCACGCCAAACAAUCCAUCUUCCGCAACAUCGGCGCCGGCGUCAUGCAGGUGGAAACACGUCCCAGUAAUCGCAUAUUCACUUGCGGGGCGGACGGCACCCUGAAGAUGAGGGUCCUCCCCGACCGCUACAAUAUCCCCAGCAGCUUAGUUGACAUCCUGUAAGUUUCUUCCACUUUAGAAGUCCAAAGAGGAACUAGAAAGAGGGGGGGGGGGGGGGUAAUCACCAACACUUAGACUAAUAGAUGAGCUGGUCAAAAGAUUGCUGUACUUGGGCAUCUUUCAGCGUGUUCAUAAGUUCACCUUUGAGUGACAAACGGAGCUGCAAAUAUGUGUUUUUCCCAAAGGCUACGAGCAAAAGUAUCAAGCAUAAGGUAACAUACUUGAUUUUAAAGCUAGAUUUAUUGUCAUUUUAUUGAAGAAUCUCUACUCUUAGAAGGUGUCCCUAGGGAAGCUAUGCAUGUCCUGUUCUCGUUACGCGGUGCAAUCACAGGUCUAUUGAUAGUGCUCUGUUAAAAGUACUCUGGCAAAUCUUUUUAAAGAAACGUGUGUAACUGUCGUCAUUUUGUGCCCACAGCUGAACUCUCUCUUAGCAUCUACUGUAAGCAGCACUGUGGUUUGUUAUUAAGUCAGUGGUAUCCAAAGUGUGAAUCAACAUUUUAGUUUGAAUUUUUGUUUCCACUCCUCCCUCCUUUUAUGCCUGGCUUUUUCUCAGCCCUUAUGGAAGAGUUUAUGCUGCAUUGCUCCUGUAGUGAUCCCCCACUUUCGCAGACACUGACCUGUCCUGGUCUGGCCUUGUGUGCGUGUUAGCGCGCGUGUGGUGACUCUGCUGUGUGUGCCCGCCCGCCCACCUGCCCUCAAUUGCCUGUUUGUGCGGCAGCCUCACUGCUAGAACAUUCCUGUUGGGAAGAUGAUGUUUUACUCUCGUGACUGUGAUUUCAAUGGUUUCAUCUGUCUUGCCCCAUAAUCAGUCACCCACGGCGGAAACACGAAAGAUUACUUCUGGUAUAUUUUUUUGCACAAGAUGAUGUUGACAUCUGUUUUAGGUUUUUUUUUUUUCUAAUAAUUGAAUUUUAUUAUUUAUUGAUGUGUUUGUUUGGUUGACAAUUCCUGUGUUUAACUUAAUGCCUUUUAUUUUAGGAAUGUAAGGGGUUUUACUGUAUCUGACUUGACUGGGAGACGUGCAACACAGUCUAUUGUUUUAAAGUGUUAUCUCAGUAGUUGUUUUUACUGUUCAACCAUAAAGAAUAGAUACACUAAAAGGAUUUAUCUCAAAUACCGGUAGGUUAUUGAAGAAGAAACUGUUAAGUACAAAUGAAUGUCUGGCUUUAUUUGGCCUAGUAGUCAAAUGUUUGAAAUAGUUUAAAUAUAUAAAUGAUAUAAAUAUCUAUAUAUAUAUAUAUACAUAUGAAGUAUCCCAGCAGCGUGUACAAACAUAAAAGCAUUUCUUUAUUUUUGGUUUGUAUCAUACUGGCUGAAUUAGCUGUAACUUUUGUUAGGUGUACGUUAGGUAUUUAUUAAACAGAUUUUGUGUUUUUCUCCCGUAUUUCCGCCCACUAUGUGUAUUGUAUGUGUUCUACCAGUGACCCUACUGGUGUCUGGUGUGUGUGUGUGUGUAUAUAAGUGUGUAUGCAUGCACGGCAACACAAACUAUCACGGGCAGGUGCUUGCAAAGGCACUGAUGCCAGAAAGAAAGAACAGGUCAUGGUGUGAGAUUUACCUUUGUAAAGUGAAUAAAUUAUUUUUAUUUCA